AUGGAGAGCUUUGUCCUGCCCACCAUUUCCAUCGGGGCCAUGCCCCACGGCACCAGGACAAGCAGCCCAGAGGCCCCGUGCCCCUGGGGCCCUGCCAGCCUGCCUGCCCCGCUGGGCGGCGAGCUCCCUGCCCGCACCUGCACCAUCUACCGGCCUUGGUUCUCACCCUACAGCUACUUCAUGUGCACCAAAGGAGCCACCCAGCAGCACCUGGGCAGCCUCUCCUCCAGCCUGGCCACCAGCACCCAGGAGCCUGAGGAGCCAGAUGACCUCUCAGAGAUUGUCUGCUCCUCCUCCGGCUCCUCGGACAAGCCCCAGCUCCCUGAGAGGGGCAGACCAGCCAGCAGCGGAGCCAGCAUCACCAUCCGGGACAUCCUCACCGCUUCCCAGCAGCAGCCGGUGCCCCACCACGGCUACCAGUGCAUGUCAUGCUGCCGCGUCUUCCCCACGCUGUGGUCGGUCAAGACCCACAUCCAGCACAGCUCCCAGGAGGGCUACAGCUGCAAGGUGUACUACCGCAGGCUCAAGGCGCUGUGGGAGAAGGAGCACAAGGAGCAGGAGGCUGCAGCCCCCAGGGCGCCCAUGUAGUCCUUCAGCCGGGCAGCCGCCGCGGGAGGGCACUGCUCCAUCGCUCCUGCCAGCAGCGGAAUAAAUUGUCUUAGGAGCAGCCCGCCCUGCCUGCCUGCCGCUCUUGCCUACACAACACUUCCGCCAUGCUUUAAGAGAAGCUCUUCCCGACUUUUCCUUCCCCAGCAGCCAAAAAAUCUCCCGAGCCUCUGAAAGCGCUGCAUCUCCGUGGGGUGCUCUGCAGAUGUCGGGAACCCCCCGGCACCCUGGAGCUGUCACGUCAGCCCUGAGACAAGCCUGUGCUGUGCAGUGGCUGAAGGGGAAGGCUGAAACCCCUCUGCCCCCAGCAACAUUCGGGGCACCUCGCUCUCACGGGCAGCCCGCAGCUGGCACCGCAGGCAAGGGUCCCGCAGG